AUGAAAAAAGGCUCGGUAUUUGCUGGUAAAAAAGGUCCAUUAUCAAAUGUUUAUGGUACUCCUAGUAAUAUGUCGGCUGCAUCAUCGUCAUUUUUCGAUAAUAGUCUUCAACAAAAUCCACAUAAUUCAUUAGGACCACCACGAAAUUGGCAAGCAACACCAUUACCCUCUCAUCGUUUUCCUACUUCUCAUUAUCAAACUCAACAACCAGCUUCAACAUCUAGUCUACGAGCACAUCCGAUGGCUGUAAAUCAUACACCAAAUUCAAGUAUGAUUAAUCGUGUAAAGCCAUAUACACUUCAAGGUCUCGUAGAAAAUCUUAAUGAAUUACUUGCCGAACUUGGCAUUCCGCAUUCAAUGCGUUAUGAUACAAAAUAUGGUUUUGAAGAUAUUCUUUCUGUCCUUGAUCAUCUUACAAAUUCAUCUCGUUAUGUAACUCAACGUUUUCAACCUUUUCCACCAUUACCACAACCAACAAAACCAGGUGGAAAAAUAUCCUUAACAGAUCGUUGGGCUUAUUUAAAACAAGU